AUGCCAGAAAAUCCAAAACAAUAUUUAAUUGAACAAUUACGAUUAUUAAAAGCUUCACGAGAUGAAUAUGCAGAACCUCCAACAUUAUUUACUGAAACUAAUGCUGAAACAAUAUUUAAUAUGCUUGAUCCAUGUGAUAAGAAGUCAAUCCCUCUAGAUCGAUAUCAUCAUGCUUUAGAAACAUUAGGAGUACUACAACAUAGUAAAGUUUUAGACAACAAAGAUGAAUUCAUAAGUAAAGAUGUAUAUAUGAAUGUUGUUAAAACAGGUUUAAAACAAAUGGCCUCAACUUAUAAACCAUUUAAAUAA